AUGCCUUCCUUUCCCAAAAUCACGUGUAAGAUUCGCGUCAUCAUCGGGAUGAUUCUGCUGAAAAUGAAUCGGGCACUCAACGCAGAAUACCGCGCGACGCGAUCCGAGCCUUCGAAUGCAAGACCAACACCAAACAUUUCCCUCCUCCUCAAAGUGUCAUCGUCACCGUCAUCUGCCGCGUCUCGACGAUAUCCUCUGUCGCACUGCCAGAGGCGACCAGAGAAGAUGAUCACCCAACCCUCCUCUUCACGCAGCAAACUGACUUCGCACGACGAUCAUCAUCUUGUACCGCACUCGAUCAGCCUCCGACGACUCCUCUCGCGACUUGACAAGACCGAACUCGUCUCACUCGUCACAAGAUGGCUCGACGAUGCGGGUCCAUCCUACAUCCCACCCAUGCUGUCGCGGCGUCAACCAAAAUUUGGCGAGGACGACCCUGCAUCCAAUCUUGUGCUCUACCACGCCAUCUUGGACCUGAAUGAAGAGCGUCGGUGUCGAUCCAUGGAUGAAUUGCGACUGCUGUGGACCGGUCCGAUGGCAGAUCCAAAGGUUCCGAAAGCGAGAGCCUUGGACCGAAUCUCGGACGUCGACUGGCCAGAAGGUCUCAGCUACGCCAUGGUAGCCGAGCUCGACUUGUUCUACAUGAACGCACGACAGCUGUCCAAGACAUGGACCACGGUCAAGCUCGAGUACGACGACGAAGUGGAUGCUGCUGGACGCGGGUGGGAGAGGCUGAGCGAGGCACAGAUUCGAGCGCGGCUGGGGAAUGAGUUAGGACACUACUUCGAACAUCACAUCUACCUCCAUCCACGCGCCAAACCGCAAUCUCACGAUACUGCUAACACUGGCCACUCGUGGACCGAUGCCUUCUCCUACUUCCGCGUCGUUCUCGCACCGACACCAAGCGACGUUUGCGGAACCGGGUUGCACAUCUUGCACCUUCCACGCACACCUUUCCUGCUUGUCUCGGGCAGUCUAGGGCGCGGCACAGAGAACAGAGAGAUGGCGCUGUCCGCCUUUGCAUCUGCCGCGGGCGCCACCACGGUCAACUACGCUAAACCUACCGCAGGGUCAGCCGCUGCAAAGAGACUGCUCGCCGAGCUCAAUGAUGCUGGCGAGGACGCAGCAGGAAACCGGAGGACGUUGGGCGAACUUCGCGGCAAGGGCCCGCUGGCGCUUCGAGAGAUUCUGCUGCACGAGUCAGGUCGGGUGUCUUCGACGUCAGACGCGAGUGCAGCUCCCGCCGGUGUAGCAGGAGGAGGCAAAGCGAGACAGAUGAAGCUGUCCCAAGGAGGCGGUGGACAAGGUGCGGAAGACGGACCGCUGAUCGCACCUCUCAAACGACGACGCGAGGAAGAUCUCAGCCUGUUGGGCAUCCAACCCCCGACACCGCCUCCCUUCGGAUCGGAAUGCGACACAGUCUCGCUCUCUUCUGCUUCCACAUCCGCACGCCCCACGCAACGCCGACAAUCGCUCACGCCCACCUCGCAGACACCGCACGAAUCCCACAUGCACGCGCAGGAAGCCCUCACCGCUCGAAUGCAAUCUCAACGCGAAGCCAACGAGCUCUUCGGACCUCAAAGUGCUUCUCCUUCCAGCGAUCUACUACCACGCAUGGAACGCAUCGAGUACGAGCUGCAUCUUCCCUUCCCCGCCAUGCAGCGCUACAACACGCGCAGCCUCAUCGACAUGGAUGCGUACAACGCCGACCCGGACAAGCCAAAAAUCAAGCUCCGGCUCGAGGGUACGCACGUGUUGGCAGGAUUGAGAAAGCUCGUUGCUGCAGGCAUGGACAGGAGCACGCGCAGACUGGAUGCUGGCGAAGGCGAGGACAACGAUGCGGCAGAGGAGGGUGUCAAGCUCGAUGGAUUACCUGGAUGGCUGACCGAGAUCAGAGGGACAAAGGUGGUCGUUCAGCCACCACCACCUGGUGACGACAGCAGUAGGGAUAUGUAA